AUGAGCUCAAACGGCUCCAAAUUAGAGAUAUAUGGCGCACUGAAGCCGGGCCGCACACUUGGCGAAAAGGACAUGGAAUCCAAGGUGAAAGCGCUGCAAAUGGAAGAUCUUAACUACUCAUCAGUGUCAAGAAUCUCAUCUCAACUUCUUCACUGGAAAACCAGCAUUGAUUCAAUCCAGGUGCAGCACAAGAAACAAAAGGGAAGACGUUACACCCUCAGUCGUGACAUCUUGAAUGCGUUGGACUCCAAGUUGAAUUCCUACACUUUGAAACUUUUGAAAAUUUUUCGAAAUGAGUGUUCAGGUUGUGAUGAAGCCGACUACGCAGUUUUCCAAAGGCUAGACUCCGUCUCUCAGCAAACAUACGGGACGAUACUCCCUCUUAUAAAAAUAUUAGAAGGUUCAGAGCAAAAUUCAUUAACUGUUGAUGAACAUCCCUGUGGGCUGGCAGGAAACCUUGAAUUAAGGUUUUUAGAGUAUCUCAUUCAAUGGAAGUGCCCACAAUUGAUUCGCAUGUUAGAAUUUUCUUGGGCCAGGGCCAGGAGCAAUGGCUAUUUUGUGCCUGACGCAAGAAAUCUAAAUGCUAGAGUCUACAGAGCCCAACUAAAUUCAAUGAAACCGCUAGACUUUUGUGUGGAAGCCACUUACUUGGAAAACUCGACCGUUUACGCAAAAAAUCUGGCAGUGCCUCCAACGACAGCAUUUCUGUCAACUCUAUCUGAUAUUAUACUGACGGAACAAAGCAUUACACAAAGCUUCAGUAUGAAGACCCAAGAAAAUGUAAGAGUUAACAUUUUAAAACAGACUCUAUAUCGGUCGGAAGUCUUGACGAAGUUGAUCAGUUCUUUGAUGAAAAAUUACCGCGCUAGCCCAGAUGUCAACAAAAUAGACCUCAAAAGUCUCCAAGAACUAUGCAAGGCUGCUGGCUGUGCAGAAUCGUUCAUGAGCGGGCUUGUGGAAGGAAUGUACAAAACCAUGGAAGAUGCCUUUUCACAACGAACGGGCUUCGCUGAUCUUCAAAAAUUGAUCCAUUACGAUGAGGAAAUACUCUGUCAUCUAUUCGAAGACGCUUCUUUUAAGGUUGGGUUCGAGCGCAGCUGGAAGACCCAUUGUAGUACAGGAUCGAGAGCGCAAAUAAUGGCAACUGAUUUGAUCAAGUGUUUAAACACUUUCUUCAAGCAGAAGUCGCAGGAUGCUGACCUAAUUGAUCAGCAGCUGGAACAAUUUAUAUCAAGAGCGAGAAAACUAUUUCAAUUAAAUGGGGAAAUCGUGCCUGCCUUCACCAGGCUAUGUCUUUUGCGUCGAGCUGUCAAAGAAGGGCGUACGUUUCUGACAUAUCUUUUCGAAGCUGGUCCGCCCACUCCAGAAAUGAAAGUGUACAACUCACUGCUCAGCGAAAAUUUACCGGGAGACAGUCAUUUGAGAAGCGUCAAAGAUUCACUCGAAAAGUCAUACUUGGCCCAUUUACACCUGAACAUUGAGUCGCCAGAUAUUGGGCCGGUCAUUUUAACCAAACGCGAUGUUGAAAUGAUCUACAAACCUGAAUCUGUGGAAACACUGCGAUUGCCGGAGGACAUGCGGCCGCUCUGGGGCACCAUCGAAGAGAAAAUUUCGACUAAGAUUAAUACUUCCACCUGCAAAACAAAGUUGAACUUAAUACCCAUGCUCAAUACUGUCGAGCUACAGACGCCUUUCGUCCUGCCAAAUUCGAGACCAUUGGUGAUUCAAGUAAAUUUGUUGCAAGCUACAGUACUGUUACAAUUUAGUCAGUGCGACUGUCUCAGCUUUUACGAGCUGAAGAAACAAUGUCAACUAGUUGAUGAUGAGCUAUUGACUAAGACUUUACGAUCUUUGUCGCGGAUUGGUCUCUUGCUUCAGAAUCGAGCUCAGUUUACAUUCAAUAAUAGGUUCCAGCCUAAGGGCGUCAACCGGCGGAAUAAUACGAUGAGAAUAGAUUUCCACGGGUCUCAGCCGGGCUGA